AUGGAUCGUCCACUUGUGACCUCCGUUCCGGCGCUUUCGGAGGGGCACCCCAAGAAUGCGAAGUCCUCCAACGAUACCAAAUUGCAACCCCUUCAUCCCUCUUCACCUUUACGCAACGGUGAGAUUGGGUUUGGUACCAUUUCUCCCAUCGAGAACGGUAGUUUCGCCUUCGACCGGGUCCUCAAGACUGGUAAAGUGCAUCGUCGCAUCAAACACAAGCGCGCAUUCAAAGCUACAUGGAAGUCCGGACACCUGGUCCUUCGCCCGAAUCUUCUCUCAGUCUACAAAGAUGAAGAGGCAACCAGACUAAAGCUCUCUAUUACUUUAUCCGAAGUCACAGCCGUUGCGCCAUUCAAGUCUCCCCGUUCGAAACGCCAACAUCUUUUUGUUAUCUACUGCCCCACGGGAAACUAUCGUUUUCAGGCCGAGUCGCAAAAGGAUGCAGAGGAUUGGAUUCAGCGCAUCCGCUCCGAAACCCGUCUGGAUGAGGAGGAAGCGGCGUUCUUAGCUCUGACGAAGAAGAAGAAAUCACAGAAGUCGGCUGCGAAGCCAUCUGGCGACGACUCCACGUCUACAUCAUCUAGACCCAGCUCACCUGAGUUGGGCACGUCCCUUUCUCCCAACAGCCAAGCUAGACAGUUCGCCUACCCUCUAGAUUUCUCGGCCAACGACAUGACCUCGGAAUGGUCUGAUGGUCCCUCCAACAACACCAACCUUCGUUCCAAGCGUUCCACCAACAAUCUAGCCUCAUCCGCUCAGAAAAACGGACAAUCGCAACCGCCACUGCCGCGUGAAGGGAACCGGAACGCGGAUGUGGGUAUCCUUCGGGACCCGGAAAGAGUGCUCUGCAACGGUUAUCUUCAGUGUCUACGAACCAAAGGAGGUGUGCGGACAUGGAAACGGCACUGGGUUGUCUUGCGUCCCAAGAGUCUUGGCUUCUACAAAAACGAAAAGGUAAGCGCUCUCCGGUGUUUCACUUCUCGAAAGGAACGUACACUAAACGAUCCUCAGGAGUAUUGCGCAGUCAAAGUCAUCCCGAUGUCCCAAGUGAUUGAAGCAGCAGACGUUGACCCUGUGUCUCGGUCUAAAAACUUCUGCCUUCAAGUCAUUGCCGAAGAAAAGUCAUACCAGCUAUGUACGCCCGACGAAGAAUCGCUCGCCAAAUGGCUGGGUGGACUGAAGAGCAUUAUCAUCGCCCGCAAGAAGUUGGAGGCCUCAGUCUCUGCCACCGCCUGA